AGAACAUAAAGUACUAGUUGGGUCUUGAUUUUUACAUCGUCAAGUUUUUGACAUUUCCGUUGGCAAUUUUAGUAGCGAAAACAAAAAUAGUCGUCAUCUCUCCUUCUGCUGAUUUUCCUCUGUCUUCUCUUUUAGGAAUUAUUUUCAUCACGUUUGCAUCUUUUUAAAACUACAAAAAUAAUUUUUUAGAAGAUUAAUGUAUUCAAGCUAAACUAUGUCAAUUGUAUUUCUUCCCGCUCAAAAAGAUGGACUAUCGCCAGUGCUUGGACGAGAAGUAAUUGGGAAGAUGCUAGAUGAAAAUGCCCAGCUUAUGCAAGUUAUAAAAGAAUAUCAAAAUAAAGGAAGAGCUGCUGAAGUUCACCAGUACAUGCAAAUUCUUCAUAGAAAUUUAAUACUUUUGGCAUCACUUGCUGACGUCGUUCCAAGUUCAGUGCCUGUUCUUCCUUCUCAAGUGCAGUUUCAACAACAAAGCCAGGUGUUGCCUUUAAAUAUUAUGCCAAAUAUGUACUCAAGCUAUCAAGAUCAAAAUUUACCACUGAACAUUGACCAAAGUAAUAAUUUUCAAAGUUAAAAUGUAUAAAAGGACUUGUUUCAUUUUAUCACUUUUUAAAUGAAAUUUAUAUUUUUAGUUCAAUGCAUUUUUUUUUCUUUAAAGAAUUAUUUCAUGACAGGAAAGGUUUAGUUGUUCCCUGUAUUUAUAAUCAUUUAUUUAUUACUGACAAGUACAUGUUUUUGUAUUAUGUUUAGCUUAAAAGUCUUUCUUCAUUUUUUUUACAUUUGACAUUACAUAUAAAAGCAGCAUGUGGUCAAUCCUUUGUUAAAAGUUAUUUUAGAUUUGUUCUAUUGAGGCAGUGAGAAUCAAAGAGAGUUCAGUGCCAAAAUUAAAAAUUUGGAGAUAAGCUGUACACAUGGUAGGAGAACCUCUCUUCUGUUUUAGGGCAAGAGAUGGUACUAGUAGCGCUAGUAGGUUCUGUUAUACAACACGAUUUAGAAGGAAAAAAAUCAAUGAAAGCCUACCUAGGAUCUAAACUUUAAACGUUUUUUACUCGAAACUUUAAAUACUCACUGCCUCAAUUAUGUUUUUUUUUUUCAAUGUAUCAUGUUCAUUCGCCCCCCCCCCUUUUUUUAAUGUCUCUAAAGAUGAUUAUCAUUUUAGCUCUUUAGUUGUCUGUCGACACUAAUACUUUUUUGCAUAUUUUUUUUCAUUUGAAUUUAAAAAAAUAUUUUGUAUCGCUUAAAAAUGAAAUAAAUAAAAAGUUUUAAACGGAAGUUCUUUAGUUUGAAAGUAAGGAAAAAAAAAACAGAUUUUGGCAGUUUCG